AGCAGGGAAAUAACAAUGGCCCACUCACAGAUGUCAGCUGCCCUCCUGCUGGUGGUCGUCGCCUCUGUAUGUCGGCAGUCACACAGCUGGCACGGACACACCUAUGCCCACCAGACAGCUCCAGUCGUGGGGCCUGCUCAUCCAGUCCACGUUGGAGGCCACGCUGUCGACUAUGUGGCAUACCCGAAGUACGAGUUCGAGUACGGGGUGUCUGACGGGCACACAGGGGACCACCACUCCCAGAAGGAGCACCGCGACGGAGACGUCGUGACGGGCGAGUACUCGCUCAAGGAGGCGGACGGCAGCGUGCGCACCGUCAAGUACCACGCCGACAAGUCCGGCUUCCACCCCGUCGUGCACCACUCGCACCACGGGCACGGCGGCAGACACAGCACGGACGCUGGCUAUGCUGGGUACGCGUACAGCAACGGCGGCUACUGAGUCCAGCUCAGCAGAGGACAGCAGGCGGAAGAAACGCUGAUCCAGCCACGCGUGCUCCUUCCUGCUCCAAGUACUGGGCAAGAAACGUGGCCAAUUUUCUCAUCUUUUAACUGUAAAUAAGUAAAUAAAUGAAGUCUUCUUCUGCCAACCUUCGUGACAAUUCGCUGUUU